AUGUCAUAUGAUCUAACUGACCCGAGAGAAAUUACGGCGUUCGACCCGUACGAGGAAUUAUCUGAUGAUGAAUCUGAAAUCGAAAGAGUGAAACGAAGAAUUGUUGAAAUUGACACUGAGAAACGAGAUUUAACUAACCGGCUGUUGGAACUAGAGAAGAAGAGAAACCUCAAAGACCCUAAUUUCGAUUCUAUCGACGUUCCAGAGUCUCCUAAGAAAUCAGAUAAUGCUACAAAAGGAAUAGAGGAUAUCAAACAUAUUGCGCCAGUAGCAGAUAUAGAGGAAGCUACAUUUAAUGUUAAUGAGGAUUAUGUAAGGGAAAAGGUCAAAAAGUUGGGUACCACUUCUUACUUUACUGAAAAACUUCGCUCCAUCAAUACAAAUGAACAUGAAGCGAUUAAAAGGAAGAAAGAAUUAUUGGCACAUCGAGUUUACACAUUCAAUGGCGACAUGUUCGAUGAAUAUGAACCAAUUACUGUUGAUGAAAAAGAUGAUUUGAGUGGUCUGGUUAUAGACAGAAGGUAUGUACCGUUGGCCGUACUUAGGAAACAUACUAAAAACAUAAAAGUGCUUCGACUUCCAAAGCUCUUCAGUAAGGUGAGAGCCCCUAAGUUCUCUGAACCUGAUUAUCCCAAUUGGUUGGUAUUGGGUAUCAUCUCAAAGAAAACUGAACCAAGAAUGACAAAUUCUGUGAAACCGGUGAAAUUCUUCAGCCUAACCAUAAGUGAUUUCCAAUUUGAACUGAAUGUUAUUUUCUUUGGGAAAAGUAUAGUUGAAAAGUAUUACAAACUAAGAUUAGGUGAUUUGAUUGCUAUACUUAACCCUGAAAUAAUGCCUUCCAAGAAACUGGAAGCGGGAGCAAGCCCUAGUUACGCUACAUUUUCGUUAAAAGUUAGUAAAGACACCAAUAAUAUACUGGAACUAGGUCACAGUAAGGAAUUCGGAUUGUGCCAAUUUUACAUGAAGAACAAAGGCAAGCUAUGUGGUGCGCCAAUAAACAAAUUGCAUGAUAACUACUGUGCAUAUCAUAAAGAGGCAAAAAUGAGGCAAAACAGUUCUAGAAGAGUUGAAAUUAGUAGCUCUGUGGCAAUGAGAGCGCCAGUUGUCAAAGGAUAUCAACAGACUAUUGUAAAAUCACAACACAAUAAUGGUAAAACAUCCAUAAGAUAUCAACAAAAUCCUGAUAAACCGUUUGUACGAGAACCGGCAGCUGCAGAGACCAACAGAUUCCUCUUCAGUUCUGCAAAUGCCUCUACCGCGUUUUUCGAUGACGACUACGAAAAUCCUGACAUACUGGCCAACCUUGAUAACAAAAGACGCAAAAUUCAAGAACUCAGAAACAAUCGAAACUUGGAGAAAAAGUUAAAGGGUCUAUCCGACAAAUUGUUGUCAAAGAAGGAAGACCGAGUCAAUCAAGAAGCAAAAAAGACUGCGACGUUGAGCAUGUUCCAACAUGGUUUAGCGAACCAAAUUGGUUAUGACCCAACAAAAGGGAAAGCGUCUUUAGAGAUGCUUGAAUAUUCUACAGAGAAUAAGGCGCCAAAGAAUGAUAAACAGCUGGCGAUAACGGAUAUUUGCAAUAUAAAGAAAGAUAAUGUUAGCCUGAAACCUUCGAAGAAACAAUUGAAAGAGAAAAUUGAAAAGAGAAACGCUAUCUUCAAUGAAAUAAUGAAAGGCAGCCAAGAGCGGCUCGAUAAAGAUGAAGGCUCAAGUGAUGAUUUGGAAAUUAUAUAG